UUUAUGACAUGUUUAAACUCCAACUCCCAGAGAUCAACACGCCGCAUGUGUAGGAAGGGCUGCAGUACUCGUGUGUGUAAUGUGGUGUAUGCAAAGCUUACAAACAACUUCAAAGAGCUUCAGAAUUUUCUUGACUUCUUUCUUUAAAAAAAAACAAAAAACAACAACAUGAUCGUUACUGUGAUCAAGAAGAGCCUUUACCGGGGACUGUGCAUGGACAUGAUGUGCUGGAAAGCCUUAACGGGUUGUAAAACAACAAAUUGCUUUCGUUAUGCGUUGUCUUUGCAUUCUUUCAGAGGGCUGUCAACAACACCUUGUUUCCGCGAGUUAAACAAGCCCCUGAAGCAAUGGACUCUGAUAGUUAACCCUUUCACGAUUGUGAAAGUUCAACUGCCCUGCAAUGUGUCGGUGCGACCCCUGGAUCCUCACAUAUUCCCAAAGGCUGACCGAGCUUUUGUAACUGUUAAUGGCACCAGUGCUGACCAAGGACUAAAGCUAGACAAUUUCCAUGUGAAGUAUAACGAGAAAAGCAAGGAACUGGUGAUCCUUUCAGAAAAAGUGAACAGCAACGUGUCUGUAGAGGUAAUAGCUCCACUAAAAUGCGAUCUGGACAUUAAAACAUUAGGAGAGGGGAAUGUGAAGAUCCAAAGAAUGGAAUGUGACAACUGCAGCGUGCUAACAGAAAGAGGACAUAGCGUUCUGCAGUCUAUAAAGGGUCACAAAGUGCUUGUACAUUCUAAGGAAGGAAAUAUCAUCUGCUUGGGAACCAUCCAUGGAAACGUAGAUGUUCAUACAUCCAGGAACAGUCUUGUGCAAAUCACUAAGCUGCAGGGGACCAGGAUGAACAUUUCAACUGAGCAUGGGCCAUUGAAAGCCAAAUACAUUUAUGCAGAGUCUUCGUCUGUCUCUUCCACAUCUGGUCAAAUUGAGCUUGGGAAUGUACACGGUGAUGUAACUGUUCAAAAUGAAACAGGAAACAUUAUUAUAGAUGGGUCCGAUGGCUGUCUAAAAGCUUCCACAAAUGAAGGAGAUAUAGAUGCUUACAUCAGCCAGUUUGGAACUGCAGAGCUUUAUAGUCAGCAAGGUGCUAUAUCAGUCAGGGUUCCAGCCUCAAUCAAAGCUGAUGUCCAGUUAUCAGGUGCUGCGGUAGAUAUCAGCCCAGAAAUCCCCUUACAGGAGGAUGAUACCUUUUCUGAAGAUGGUCACACUACUGUUACUGCUCGUUUGAAUGGAAAAGCUGAGGGGAACAACUGGAUCAAGGCCCAGGCUGCAAAGGGGACUGUAAGUCUGAAGAGCCAAAGCUGGUUUGAAUCACUUAAGAUUGGGAAGGUUUAGUGUUUCAUUAGCUAAACCAUGUAGAAUAAUGUUGUCAUUGAAAACUGCAGUCUUUAGAGAUACAUAUAGGGUUUUAGAAAUAUGAUAAAGUAUGUACUUAUUUUUAAUAAUUAGAAAGUAGUCCUAAAAUCCAAAUUUUUGUAAUGUUCUGAAGGAAAUUAACUUGAGUCCAGCUGUAUUUUAAAGUGGUGUUGAACUGUGUCUGCCAAAUCCAUUAAGGACCAGAACUGUGCUUUGCUGAAUAUUAGGGGCCCAAUUUAGCAAAUAUGUGCACAGCCUCUAUCGCUAGGGCAGAAAUGACAGUGUUAGUGAACUGCUGUGAUAGCGCACAAAAACUUGUGGGCUAACGUACAUCAAGUGGCGAAUCAUCCACCCAGCCAAUCAAAGCGCAGUGUGGGGAGUAAGGUUACAACCAAUAAGGAUUCAACACUUCCUUUAGGAGCGCCUGUGCGUCUGCGAUAGCGAACGGAGGGUAUUUUGAAACCAAAAAAAAGGAAGGAAGACAAAAGUGCUAAAUGUUUUAAAAUGUCCAGAAGCCGAAGUGAAGAGGAUGGCCAAGCCCCUCAAGCAAGGCUACACAUUUCUUUUAGUAGCCUGGAGAGGAGAGUGAAUAUGACAUUUAAAAAAAGUGAUCUAUAAGCAAAAUCAAGUUACAUAUUUUUUUUUUCUUCUGUUUCACUUGCUGAGCGAGCGAGUGAUUUAGAAUCAGGACUUUUCUUUAAGUUAGGCAUGUAUAGCUCACCUUUGAACUGUGAGCACCGUCGCUGCCUUUUUUAUAAAUGCUUUCCUAUUAAAAAAUAUACUGAUGGUACUGAUAUUGUUCUGAGGAGUGUACUGUAGUGUUCCCCCAGAGACAUCGAAACAUCGGAAUCAAAUUUUGAGGAUUCCAAAUAUUCGCUCAAUUACAGUAUAAGCACAUUUAAAGGUAUGGUUAUACCUCUGUUCGACAGGGGUCGUGGGGUUGAGCAGCAGUGUCAGUAGCCACCGCUUCAGUGGAUACCCAUUGUCCCCUAUCAACCAGUCUCUCAGACUGUCAUCCUGCUGAAACACAACUGCCACCUGCGAAUUAGUGCGGAUAAACGUCAUGAGCCAGGAUAGUUUGCAUACACAUUUGUGAUGUAGUCAUUGGCAUCACAUAUCACACACUACUUGCACUUUGACAGAAUGGGUCCCCUUACGAUUUACGUAGAGUUGCCAAUUCUGUGUUGGUGCGCGUACCUUAGUGCUACAGGCAAACAGUGUGCUCUCCGCAUGUCUCCUUCCAGGUCAGCAUGAAGCAGUUGGCAGAUGUCAGUGAUUGUUUGUCUGAGGUGAAAUUGCUGCAUACAUUGUGUGUCAGACAGGCUCAGAAAACACAGGUGACUUCUAAGUAUUUGGAGAUGUCUCCUCCUCUCUUUGUCUGGCCACAUAGAAAUUAUUAUUAUUAUUAUUAUUAUUAUUAUUAUUAUUAUUAUUAUUAUUAUUAUUAUUAAUUUCUUAGCAUAUGCCUUUAACCAGGGCGACUUACAAUUGUUACAAAAUCACAGUACAAAGUAUCACAUUAAUCCAGUGCGCACACCAUUUUUCUUUUACUUCCUUUUUUCUCUUUCUUUUCUUUGCCUGCUUCCCUGGUAGUUUCACCGGUAUUUAUAGAUGACCAUGUAUUUUGCAAGUUUAGACCUGGUUUUCACAUGUCAACUGAAACGCAAGCGCUAACACUGUUGAUGGUUUGCUAAAUCGCUACAUUUGUAUGUAAAUGAGGACACUCCCCUAAAGUUCAGCUCAUCCAGCGCUAACGCUGACUUGCCGAGUGGACACUAAAACACGUUUGCUAAAUCACAUAUGUGGGCAAAUUCUGGUGCGCUAACUGUUCACAAAAGUGUUUUGCGAUUGCCUUAGGGGUUUGCGAAUGUUGCUAAAUAGGGCCCUCGGUGUUUUGUUAAUUUCAUCUGUAGUUUAAUCAAGUUGUAUUGCCCGCCCUUAUGCUAGUGGGGCUGUUUUUCAAUAUUUGGGAGUUAGUGUUAAGGUUUGACCAAUAAUAAUGAAUAUGUAUAUAUAACAAAUGUAAAUAAGAAAUGUUUGUGGACUGAAAAUAAUUUAAAAGUUAAAAACGCUUCUUCAGUUUUAGCCAAAAAAGAUUGCAUUUUGCAGAAGUUCAAAUGGUUAUAUUGGAGACAUCCAUACAUAAGUAUAUUAUACUUUAUAUAAUAGAAAAUUGCUUACCCAUUUGUAGUAAAACUUGGACAGGGUAUUCUUUAGAACACACUGUUAAUAUUAUCAGAAUCUGGGGAUAUAAGGAAAGGCUUAUAGAACUUGGUUACAACUUUCUUUAUGACAAGUUUUUGAGAUAAUCAGAAUAUGUGGAUAUAUGGAUGAACACUUAGACUUAUUGUAAUUAGAAUAUCAUUAAUUUUCAUUUGUUCAUAUUAACUAGCUGUUUUUAACUGCAUGCGGUUUAACAUGGAAUUGUUUUUUGAAAGUUUUCUUUGAAAAAUAAACAAUGUAUAGUGUAUGGUUUCUGUUAUUGUAUGUACAAGUACAUGAACACAACAUUAAACAAUGGAAUGUGUUACAAA